AUGGCAGCUGCAGCUGGAAGAGAAGAAGGAGAGGAAGAUGAGCAGGGGAGGAAGAAGAGGCUGCGGCCGUGGCUGAGGCUGCGAUUGCAGCAGUGCAGCUGGGAAAGAAGAGAAGGAAAGGAAGAAGAAGAGAAAGGAAAAGGGAAGAAGAGAGGAAGAGAAGAAGUAGAAGCGGGUGAAGAGGUGGCAACUCUGUUUCCUGCAGGAGGAAACAGAGUAGAGGAGGUGCUGUUCGUCGGGGAGAAGAAGGGGAGGAAGGAGAAGAAGAGAAGAAGAAGAAAGGAAGGAGAAGGAAGAGUAGAAGGGAAAGAAGUAGCUGCGGCUCCGGCUAUGGCAGCUGCAGCUAUGGCAGGGAAAGAGGAAGAGGAAAGAAGAAGGGAAGGAGAGGAAGAAGAGAAGGGUAGGAAGAAGAGGCUGCGGCCGUGGCUGAGGCUGCGACUGCAGCAGGGAAAGAAGAGAAGGAAAGGAAGAAGAAGAGAAAGGAAAAGGGAAGAAGAGAGGAAGAGGAGAAGGGGAGGCAACUGCGGCAGUGGCAGCUGCAGCUGGAAGAGAAGGAGAGGAAACAGAGCAGGGGAGGAAGAAGAGGCUGCGGCUGUGGUGGCUGCGGCCGUGGCUGCGACGUUGGCUGCGGUAGCUGCGGCAGCGAUGGUGGCUGUAGCAGCUGCUUUUGGGAAAGAGAAAGAAAGGAAAUAGGAAAAAAAAAAGGGGUUAUGGCCGUGAUUGCAGCUGCGGUGGUGGCAGCUGCGUCUGCGGCAGCUGUGUUUGGGAAAAAAAAAGUAGGAACGAGAGAAGGGAGGAAGGAAGUAGUGCAGUAGAAGGGGCUGUAGUUGUGACAGCAGCUGCGGUCGUGGGUACGACUGUGGUAGUGGUAGCGGCGAUGGCUGCGACAACUAUGUUUGAAAAAGAAAAUAGAGGAAUAAAAGUAAGAGAGAGCAGGUGACUAUGCCUCUAUGUUCUGCAUAAGCUGCAGUUGUGGAGGAAAAAAAAAAGACAUGUAGAAAACGAAACAGGGAGAGGACACAGAGGAAAAGUAGAAGGAUUUGGGCUGACACCUUCUUUGGAUCUUCGGAUCAAAAUAUUUGAAAGGCAAGUUUCCCGAUCGUUCUCUUGUAAUUGUUCUAAUUUUUCUUAUUCCGAUCCUUCCUAUUGCAAGCUUUCAAUUCUUUCCUAUUGCAAGUGUCCUGAUCUUUCCUUACUGUAAUUUUAUCUCUACAUUUGCUUUGAAUAUGAGGAACUUUGAAUUGUUCUAGCCUUGCAUUUGAUAUAUCUCCUGUUUAGACGUAACGAUUCAAAUCUGUGUAACUUCUGAGAUUCUGACAUUUCUACCUUAUUAUGGUUAUAACUUCAUUAUUGAUCUCUGAUUUAGACAAAACUUAUUUGAUCAGAAUAUAAACUCAUAAACCUUUCUUUUAAUAACUUAUUUUAGGAAUUCGGAGUAAGUUUGCUUGCCCAGUUUUCUGUUGAAACCGACCUUGUGAAUUCUGUAAAAUUGAGAUUUGUUCUUUGAUCUUGGGUUACUAAAUCUAUGGUAACUCCUUGUUGGAAACCUUGAUUCGUACGAAAUUUAUUUCAUCAGAAACUAGAUAGAAAUAUCUUUCCAAUGAUAUAUUUUCUAAGUAAAAUUGGAGCACGAUUGGUAGUUUGAUUCAUUUGUUCAAUGUGCCUCUUGUAUUCUGCCAGAAAUCGAGCUUUGGUCGAUUUCUCAUAUUCUGGUUUCAUUCCUUUCAAAAUUGAUAUCCUUUAGCUUUCUUAUUCAAUUGAGCUUUAUAUUACUGCUUUGAAUACUUGUAUGCUCUUGUCCUACAUGUAUUUGGAUACCUAAAUCUGUUAUGUAAACUUCAUGUUUGUAUCGUAAUGUUUCAUAAAGGCACAUGUACAUUUCGUUGUUCCGCAUGUGCUUCCGAUAUGUCCCAAUUUAUUGUUCAUAAUACCCUUUUGUACUCUGGUGUUGGUGGGAUUAUUUGGACCUUUGCUAGAAAUGGUAAAGGGUAUGUGCUUAGAGCCCGCGAUGCUCUAGAUUAUGUUUGGUGGUCAUUCAGAAAUGGAUGGGCCAUAUUAUGUUUGGAAUCCCACUUCACCAUCUAUCUAUUUGAUAUGAAAUUCAGAGCCGACCUAGCACUUGGGCAGGGUGAGAGGGCUCGAGUAGGAAAGGGCUACCCGUGGAUAGAGUCGAGAACUCAUCACAGUGUGGAGCCACCACUGAGUUAAACCUCACAUGCACUAUUCUAGGGUACGACAUCUGAGCUUCUGUUUCAUAUUUUGUAUUGAUAUGCUCCAAAAUGUUUCAUAUGCCAUUGAUAUACUUCAAAAUGCUUCACAUACCACUGAUAUGUUUCAAAAUGUUCCAUUUGUCAUUGAUAUGCUCCGGAACAUCUCGUAUGCUAUUGAUACGCUCCAAUUACUCUAUGCUCCAUUUAUUAUGAACCAAAUAUGUUAUGAAUGAAAUGACAUUUGCGAUUCUAUAUCUAAUGAGAUGAUAUCCUUGAAUCUCUUGGAUUCUGUCUUGCAUUGUGAUAUCUUGUUUGUUUGAAAUUGUCCCUUCUCGUGCUAUAUAUGCUUUGUUACUUGCUGAGCUAUUUUUAGCUCACUCCGUUGUUAUAUAAAUUUUUCAGGUCAGCUUGUCACUCUUUGAGAUGUUUGAAUUGGGCUGAGGCAGUGGAGAGCUAUUCUGAAUUAUGGGCAAGUCUUGUUGGUUAUUAUGUUAUUGUUGUAUAAGCAUAUUUUGUAUGUAAUGAAAUGUUGUCGAUGAAUCGAAAUGGAUAUACUAUGUAAAAGUGUUAGAAGAUCUCUCUUAUUUGAAAUUUUGGAAUGUUAAGUCUAGUUUACGAUGAUAUGAACUUGUGGUAAAUGGUUGGAGUUUUGAUUGUAUAAAUUACUUAGCUUGUGGAUUUAUAAAUGUUGUUCAUGUUUGUUAAGUUGGCUUGGGUUGCCAUAAAUGUGAAUUAUCGGGUGAUGUGAUAUAUGAUUAUAAACUGCACAGAUUUUAUAGAUGUGAAUUUGAUAGAAUGUUUUUCAGUGUCCUCAAAUGUUAGUUUGGAUCCUGGAUUGGUUUGUAUUGAAAAUUUUAAUAUCAUGGAUAUUUUGAGGGGUGUGACAGAGUUGGUAUUAGAGCAUGGUUUGAUGAUAAUUGAAAUAUUUGAUAUGUUGACAUGCUAAAUAUAUUGAGGUCUAGUGAACUAUAAUGAUCGGUGAAAAUUUUCUUUGAUGCAUUUUAGGAAUCUAGUAUGACGAGGACAUUUAGUCCUCCUACUUCGUCUACUUUUGAUUAAUUAAGUGUGAUGAAAGGGUUGAUCGAGGAUACUAAAUCAGAGUAGCGCAAUGAAAGCAUGGUAGACCUAAUUUCAUUGGUGGUAGAAAAACAUAUGAUGCAAACAGAGAAGAUAUUUGAUGUACAAAAUUGUUCUGAUAAUCGAAAAAUUUCUUUUGCCAUUUUAUAUUAGAAGUAGAGGCUGAUCAUUAAUGGCAACAAUGAAAAAAAUUUUUAGAGAUCAGUGGCAAGAAUGAUAAGGACAAGUUUACCAAAAAAAAUAUGAUUGAAAAUGAACCAGAAAGUAAUAACAAGAGGGUCAAGACAUUUAGAUUUGAAAUGUGGAGUCACCACAAAAGACUCAAUCAUGUGUGAAUUACAAGUUAAAUUAUGAAACAAAUUUGUGUUUUCGGGUGAUUGGAGUCUAUUUUGCUUGUGGAAAGUUGGAUCAUAAAAUAAAAGACUACCCAUUGAACAAGAAGAAAGAGUCACUGCCUCUUAAAUUAUCAGCCCAUGUCAAAGUGUAUGUUAUCACUGAAUAUGAUUCUAAAACUUCUGAAUUAGUGAUCGAAGGUAUUAUGCAUGUUUAUGAAAAAAUACAAAUAUUUAUUUGACCAAGGGUCUCAUCUAUGAUUUGAUUCGUAAUAUUUUGCUUAUCACUUGGGCAUUCAACCUAGACCACUCAAUUAUGUGAUAUAUGUAAAAUAUAAUCAUUGGAGAUUCUUUGAUAACAAACUUGAAUCUGGUCCUCUUGUCUGAUUUUUAUUGGAGAACUUGAACUUUUUGCGGAUUUAGUUCUCCUAGAGAUUAGAGUUUCGAUAUUAUACUUGGUAUAGAUUGACUAUCUUCCUAUCAUACCAGUAUGAAUUGGUAUAUAACAAAUUAUCACUUUUUGCAUAUUUGAUCAGCCGAUCUUUUAUUUUGAGAGUAUUGGACAUGAUUUAUCUCCUUGCCUAAUGUAUCUCAGGAUGACUUGCUUGGAUUACCUCCAAACGUGACUUUUCUUUUGAUUUGGUCCUUGGGACAAUCCCAAUAACUAAGCCUCUCUACACAAUGAUAUCAUUUGAGUAAGUGGAAUUAGAAAAGCAACUACAAGGACUAUUAAAUAAGGAUUUUAUUUGGCUUAAUAUUUCAUCAUGAGGUGCUCCGGUGUUAGUUAAAAAGAUGGAGGGAACAUUGAGGCUUUGUAUUGAUUAUAGACAGUUGAAUUAGGUGACCAUAAAAAAUGAGUAUUCUCUAAAGUGACGACUUGUUUGAUUAACUACAGGGUGCACAAGUAUUUUCAAAGAUUGAUUGAAGGUCGGGUUACCAUCUAUUGAGGAUCAAGGAGGAGAAUAUUUCGGUCACUCUUGGAAAAUUGUGUAAUUAUAUUGUAUUGAUGAAAUUAUUUGAGAGCAGGAAGAGGAAAUAAAGAAAUUAUAAUCCUCAUAUUUUCAUUGAUUGAGCUAUGACCAAUUUAGAGGACUAAAUUUUCUUUUAAGAGGGGGAGAGUGUAAUAUCCCUCACUUUUGAAAAUUUAUUAAUAAGAAUUUAUAUGUAAAUUGAAGGACCUAUAUGUAAAUAUAGAAAUUUCAAGGACUAAACUGUUAAGUUACAAAAAGAAAAAAAUAAAGAACACCGAAAAUUUCGGUUUUAUCCCACCGCCUCCCACUCUCUCUGUUUCUCGAGCGGUGGGGCGUGGGGAGAAGAAGAGAGGAAAUGAGGGAGAAGAGAAGAAGAAGAAGAAGAAGAAGAAGAAGAGAGGAGGAUAGCUGCGGCAAGGCUGCAGCGAGGCGGUGUGUGGCGUUGGGGAGGAAAAGGGAAGAGGAGAAGAAGAGAAGGAGAAGAAGAGGGAAAAGAGAGGGAAGAGGGAGAGGAGCGAGAGGUGGCAGCAGCUAGGGCUGCAACACCUCUGUUUCCUGCAGAUGGAAAUAGAGGAGACGUGUGGGGCAUUCGAAGAGGAGAAGAAGAAGAAGAGGAAGAGAAGAAGAAGAGGAAGCAGGAGAAGAGGUUGUGAUACCUCUGUUUCCUGCAGAGGAAACAGAGGAGAGGGUGUGUGUGACGUCGGGGAGGAGGAGGGAAGAAGAAGAGGAGAAGAAUAAGAGAAGGGAAAGGAGGAGCUGCGGCUGCGGCAGUGGCAGCUGCAGUUGGAAGAGAAGGAGAGGAAGAGAAGGUGAGAAAGAAGAGAAGAAGAAGAAAGGUAGGAGAAGGAAGAAGGAAAAGACGAGGGAAAAGAGAGGGAAGAGGGAGAGGAGCGAGAGGUGGCAGCAGCUAGGGCUGCAGUACCUCUGUUUCCUGCAGGUGGAAACAAAGGAGAGGUGUGGGGCAUUCGAAGAGGAGAAGAAGAAGAAGAGGAAGAGAAGAAGAAGAGGAAGCAGGAGAAGUGGUUGUGAUACCUCUGUUUCCUGCAGAGGAAAUAGAGGACAAGGUAUGUGUGACACCGGGGAGGAGGAGGGAAGAAGAAGAGGAGAAGAAGAAGAGAAGGGAAAGGAGGAGCUGCGGCUGCGGCGAUGGCAGCUGCAGCUGGAAGAGAAGGAGAGGAAGAGAAGGUGAGGAAGAAGAGAAGAAGAAGAAAGGAAGGAGAGGAAGAAGAGAAGGGGAAGAAGGGGCUGCGGCUACGGUGAUGGCAGCUGCAGUUGGAAGAGAAGAAGGAGAGGAAGAUGAGCAGGGGAGGAAGAAGAGGUUGCGGUCGUGGCUGAGGCUGCGACUGCAGCAGUGCAGCUGGGAAAGAAGAGAAGGAAAGGAAGAAGAAGUGAAAGGAAAAGGGAAGAAGGGAGGAAGAGAAGAAGUAGAAGCAGGUAAAGAGGCGGCACCUCUUUUUCCUGCAGGAGGAAACAGAGCAGAGGAGGUGUUGUUCGUCGGGGAGAAGAAGGGGAGGAAGGAGAAGAAGAAGAAAGGAAGGAGAAGGAAGAGGAGAAGGGAAUGAAGUAGCUGCGGCUCCGGCUGUGGCAGCUGCAGCUGUGGCAGGGAAAGAGGAAGAGGAAGGAAGAAGGGAAGGAGAGGAAGAAGAGAAGGGGAGGAAGAAGAGGCUGCGGCCAUGGCUCAGGCUGCGACUGCAGUAGUGCAGCUGGGAAAGAAGAGAAGGAAAGGAAGAAGAAGAGAAAGGAAAAGGGAAGAAGAGAGGAAGAGGAGAAGGGGAGGCAGCUGCGGCAGUGGCAGCUGCAGCUGGAAGAGAAGGAGAGGAAAUAGAGCAGGGGAGGAAGAAGAGGCUGCGACUGUGGUAGCUGCGACCGUGGCUGCGACGUUGGCUGCGGUAGCUGCGGCAGCGGUGGUGGCUGCAGCAGCUGCUUUUGGGAAAGAGAAAGAAAGGAAAGGGGAAAAAAAAAAGGGGCUAUGGCCGUGAUUGUGGUUGCGGUGGUGGCGGCUGCGUCUGCGGCAGUUGUGUUUGGGAAAGAAAAAGCAGGAACGAGAGAAGGGAGGAAGGAAGUAGUGUAGUGGAAGGGGCUGCGGUUGUGACAGCAGCUGCGAUCGUGGCUAUGACUGUGGUAGUGGCAGCGGCGAUGGCUGCGACAGCUAUGUUUGAAAAAGAAAACAGAGGAAUGAAAGUAAGAGAGAGCAUGUGACUAUGCCUCUAUGUUCUGCAUGAGCUACAAUUAUGGGGAAAAAAAAAGACGUGUAGAAAAUGAAACAAGGGGAGGACACAGAGGAAAAGUAGAAGGAUUUGGGCUGACACCUUCUUUGGAUCUUCGGAUCAAAAUAUUUGAAAGGCAAGUUUCCCGAUCGUUCUCCUGUAAUUGUUCUAAUUUUUCUUAUUGCAAGUAUUAUGAUCUUCCUCGUGCACGUGUUCCGAUCCUUCGUAUUGCAAGCUUUCAAUUCUUUCCUAUUGCAAGUGUCCUGAUCUUUCCUUACUGUAAUUUUAUCUCUACAUUUGCUUUGAAUAUGAGGAACUUUGAAUUGUUCUAGCCUUGCAUUUGAUAUAUCUCCUGUUUAGACGUAACGAUUCAAAUCUGUGUAACUUUUGAGAUUCUGACCUUUCUACUUUGUUAUGGUUAUAACUUCAUAUAUUGAUCUCUGAUUUAGACAAAACUUAUUUGAUCAGAAUAUAGACUCAUAAACCUUUCUUUUGAUAGCUUAUUUUAGGAAUUCAGAGUAAGUUUGCCUGCCCAGUUUUCUGUUGAAACCGACCUUGUGAAUUCUAUAAAAUUCAGAUUUGUUCUUUGAUCUUGGGUUACUAAAUCUAUGGUAACUCCUUGUUGGAAACCUUGAUUCAUACAAAAUUUAUUUCAUCAGAAACUAGAUAGAAAUAUCUUUCCAAUGAUAUAUUUUCUAAGUAAAAUUGGAGCACGAUUGAUAGUUUGAUUCAUUUGUUCAAUGUGCCUCUUGUAUUCUGCCAGAAAUCAAGCUUUGGUCGAUUUCUCAUAUCAUGGUUUCAUUCUUUUGAAAAUUGAUAUCCUUUAGAUUUCUCUUGUAAACUUCAUGUUUGUAUCGUAAUGUUUCAUAAAAGCAUAUGUACAUUUCAUUGUUCCGCAUGUGCUUUCGAUAUGUCCCAAUUUAUUGUUCACAAUGCCCUUUUGUACUCUGGUGUUUGUGGGAUUAUUUGGACUUUUACUAGAAAUGGUAAAGGGUAUGUGCUUAGAGCCCGCGAUACUUUAGAUUAUGUUUGGUGGUCAUUCAGAAAUGGAUGGACCAUAUUAUGUUUGGAAUCCCACUUCACCAUCUAUCUGUUUGAUUUGAAAUUCAGAGCCGACCUAGCACUUGGGCAGGGUGAGAGGGCUCGAGUAGGAAAGGGCUACCCGUGGAUGGAGUCAAGAACUCAUCAUGGCGUGGAGCCACCACUGAGUUAAACCUCACAUGCACUAUGCUUGGGUCAGCUUGUCACUCUUUAAAAUGUUUGAAUUGGGCUGAGGCCGUGGAGAGCUAUUCUGAAUUAUGGGCAAGUCUUGUUGGUUAUUAUGUUAUUGUUGUAUAAGCAUAUUUUGUAUGUAAUGAAAUGUUGUCGAUGAAUCGAAAUGGAUAUACUAUGUAAAAGUGUUAGAAGAUCUCUCUUAUUUGAAAUUUCGGAAUGUUAAGUCUAGUUUACGAUGAUAUGAACUUGUGGUAAAUGGUUGGAGUUUUGAUUUUAUAAAUUACUUAUCUUGUGGAUUUAUAAAUGUUUUUCAUAUUUGUUAA